UUGCCCAUCUCAUUAUCUCGCUAAUCAUCUCCGACUUUAAAAAAUGACGAUGCAGCUGUGAAUUUGGCGGUUAAAUUUUUAAUGACAAAUGGAUAAUCAUCUCUGUGAUACAGCAGUCUGACAGAUUAUUAUUGUUACGAUGUUAGCCACUGCGGGAAUAACAGCUGUACAUGUUAAAAAAUUGGGCCAUACAAUUGAUGAAAUACGCUUGCGAGCUUUGGACAAUAUUAUUUCCAAGUAUGAUCUCGGUUUCAUAUGCGACUGCGACGCUGUCAAAAAAGAGAUAAUUCAGAGGCUGUUUAACUGGUUUUCGUUCGAAAUUGCUCCCCAACCAGAUAAAGUAUUAAACUUAUUAUUGCAGCUAGUAAAGACAGAUGCAAAAAGUUACUUGAACGCAUUUGGUAAAUUAAAGUUUCAAAAUGAACUUUACGAAUUGAGAAGAAAACUCUCUCCUGAAUGGUAUGCAAAAUUAGAUGAAAUUGAGGAGGCUGUUAUUCAUGUGAAAAAAAAUCAGAUAGAUGGGUCAAAUGUAGACACAAAGGAUUUAACUACAAUAUGUUCAGAGUUUGAUAGAUAUAGAACACAAACACAAAAUCAUGCUAGAUAUAAAAGUGAGAAUUGUGAAAGAGAAAGCCAUGAUGAUUUGCAUAGUGUUUUCAAUCUGCCUUCUAUUUUGGAUAGUACAAUACCACUCGAUGUAACAUUGGAAUGCGAAAAUGGCACACAAGUUUCUAAGACUAUAGAAGGUGGUAUAAAAUGGUUAAUAAUGCCGUGGCAGCCCCUGGUUACGUCGGACAAAGGAGUACUUACUGCAGUAGAGGAAGCUCUUAAUGACACUGAUAUUAAUCAUAUAUUACAUACAUGUCAGUUUAUAACAAAUGUUAUGAUGCAAGACUUUCCAGCAGAAGUUUUUCUUCAGCGUCCAGCAAUCAUUACAGUACUUCAUGGGCUUCUUACUUCAAGUACUAACAUGUCAGAAAUUAAUAUCACAUCUGUGGUUCCAACAGUGUUAAAAACUUUGCGUAAACUGACGCGUUCCCUAAAAUUUCGUAUUUACUACUAUUGUGAACCAUGCGUGGCAAAUAAAAAGCAAAAGUUAUUGGCUAAUAAAUUGGAUAACAAUGUUUACAUGUCCUCGGAAGCUGGAGAUGGUCCAGAUGGUGGUUUACCCGAGGCAAACUAUCAAGCAUAUCAAUCAGCAGGGACUAGCGAUAGAAGUCAGAGCAUUAGCGAAAAUAUCGACGAUUCCGUCUUGCAAUUGCAACAGAUGCUUCUGCCGGUUUAUUGUAUAGAGUCUCUGAAACAUGUUCUUAAUCAGUUAAGUUUACCUGUCAAUUCCACUUUUCCUUUACAAAACAUCAAGUACAUCACAGAUCUAACUCACGAAUUAGUGCAGUUGCUUACAAUUAGUAUAAUGCCGAAUAUCUGGCUCUGCAAUGAUGGUACAGCAUUGAAGAUAAAUGACGAUUUGAAAUCGCUAUUCAAUUUAAUGGGAGAGGUAAUGGAAUACUUUGAAAGUUGCGACAAUGUGGAUUACUUGAGAAUAACGUACUUGCAUCUUACUACUAUUAUUAUGAAAUUAUUGAGUAGUAUUGUACCAUUGGAACUGGCAGACAGUGUUAUACCGAAUAGUUUAAAAGUAUCCAUAGCAAAUGCUGUAAUGGAUGCACCGAUAUAUCUAUUAUAUCCGGCAUUGCAUUUGAUGCUCUUGGAAUAUACUCGUCACUUUCAAGGCGCUAAUGAGAUAGAAUUGAUAAAAUUAUUUGAUGAAACUAAAACUGUUGCAAAGUCUAUGCAAGCAGCUAUCUCUAUAUUAAAAGGUUCAGUGGAACAAUCGCCUUCAGAAACUUUAAGAAUGUUAUAUGUAUCUAAAUUGAGUUUGUCAUAUCAUAAAAAUUUAACUAUUGUUAAAAUUGCUAUAAAAUUUCUGCAAGACAUUUCAAAAUAUUCUCUAAAUAACGAAGACCAUGCACUAGCAACAAAACUGAUACUAAAUUUCUUAGCAAACGCAGAUGUAAAUAUUCGGCAUGCCACAUAUGUCGAAUGUCAUAUUUUAGUUAAAAAUAUUUUGGGAGUAGAAUAUAAUAAAAAUAAGUUAUCAUGGGAAAACUUAAUAUUCUUACUUGAACCGAAUGUUUUAACGGAAAUUAUCUCUCACGGCGUAAUGAGCGAAGACAGCAGGAUAAGUGAAAUAUCAAAAGAUAUAUUAGUGUUUAUAUUGAAAGGGAGAAUACAAAUGGGCGAAACUGGAUGGUUAAAAACUUUAGAAGCUUUUGUUCCUGUGCUCUAUCUUUUACAGUGUCACGCUGAUACCCAUUCACCUUUAGGUCAGUGUGUUACCAAGAUAUUUGAUCCUGAUGUUUCCAACAAUAUAUUAUUGCCAUUUAUCGAGAUGUUAAAAGGCAAUUUAAGAUUUCUUUAUUCGCCAAACAGUGAUGUACGAGAAGAAGCGUUAUGUCGUUUAAUCUGGCUUCUUGGAAAGGAAAAGGAUUCUCUCCAAAAAUUACCACGACUGUCAUCUUUACAUGGCUUACCUCUCAGUUCACUUUGCAUAUUUGAACGUAAAACCUUUGUUAAGCGAUCAGAAGGCAAUUAUCAGAGGAGCAAUAUGUUAUCAGUAUUGGAAAUGUUAAACGAACCAAAUGUAGAUCCAAAAAUACGAAAAUCCGCAUUGGUACAAAUUAGCGUGAUGCUUUCCGACACUUCCUUACACAAAUUGUUCAUUGAUCAAGGUGGGCUGCCUUUGAUCUUGGAUAUUUUCAAUAAAGCUCUAAUAGAGAAAGAUUAUAUAAAUUAUCCAGAUUCUGUAAUACCGAUAAUCAGCGUAUUAAAAUUACUCGCAUUUUUUGAAUGUUCUAUACGACACGAAUUAUCUGUCAACACCAAUGUUCUCUUUAAUAUCAUAAGAAGUCUUUUUUUAUUUCCAAACAACGAGUGUAUAAAAACCGAUGGCGCGCAACUGCUGUGUUUACUUCUCUAUAGCGAACACAUUAUAAGAGUUAAUGAAAAAGCAGCAUUAAUGGAAAAUGGCAUUGCAUCACAUAUUUCAUUACCUUAUAUUAUUGUGACAAAUAUGAAAUUGCCGUUUGCGUGCAAAUCUCAUUGGAAAACAAGUAUAUACAGGCAAUCUGAUGUAUCAUUACUUCAUGGCAGCAAUCCAGUGGCCCUAACUUUCAUUAGACAGUAUUGGGCAUGGGAAUGGAAUGACGGUAUAAAUAUGUUGUGGAAAAGUUUAGAUGAUUUAAAAAAUUCUGAAAUCACACAAAAAUUGAUGAUUCUUGAAAAAGAUUUCCUUUCUCUGCAAUACAGCUUUCCUCAAUAUUGUUGUCAACAGCAACUCUACAAUAUUCAAAAUUCUACUACGCAUUAUAGUGUUAUGUGUGCAUUAGAUUACCUUACAAUGUAUCUAAAAUUUUACAAAAUACUCCAACGUGAUAACGAAAAAGAAAUCGAUUUACUACCUUGGGAGCAAACGUUUGAACGAUUUUUAUUAUCACAUCCUGCUAGUAAAGAGGACUGUGACUUAUUUGUGGACGUUCUAAUUUUUUUACAAUUAUAUUUAAAUGUGACAAAAAAAGGAUCUUGGAUUAGUAAAAUUAUGAAAAACAUGACAAGAUCUUUGGCAGAUUUAUUUAAAAACUUGGAAGUUGAUAAUCAGAAUGUACAUCAAUCUAUUCUUAAAUUAGUACGUACAUGUUCUGCGAUCGAAAAAAGACAAAAAUUCAAUGACGAACCGAAGAAUACCUGGAUUAAAUUUGUAGAGUUUGUUGUUUCGACACUAUGUUUCGGAGAUCAGCAGCAUUUCUACAAUCUCGCGUAUCUCGAUUGGUUGUUAACAUGUUUAACAUAUUUAAUCGGACAGUGCGAAUGGGGAGAUCAUAAGAACUUACUAUUGUCUCUUUGCAAUACGCUCAUAGAACCAAUUGUAUCUUUUCAUGGUGCUGGUACAGUUAGUUUUAUGGGUUUAUCAAUAACAAGAAACUCGAUUAUAUGUCUUAAUCACUUGUUGUAUCAGAUGCAAGUAAAUUUUAAUAAGAAUUCAUGGAUAGUAUUUUGGCAUGAAGAAGGUCGCUCAUUAAAUUGGUUGCCUAUGUUGUGGCAAAAUCGAGAUCCAUUGGUUCGCGCUUCGGCAUUGCAAUUACUGGCAGGUCUGAUGAACACAGUACACACUGCGUCGCAACUUCUCAACGCAAUUGCCAUGGCCCCGAGUGAUCUGUGUUACACAUUGCUUCAAUGCGUCGCGAAUAGAGAGGAGUCUUGUUUAGUUAGAGAACAAGCAUGUAUCGCAUUUUGCAAUAUGCUGAAGAAUUCGAUGACUUUUCAAUGUGAUGAUUCUUUACAAUCGCAAACCAUCUUAAUAUAUGUGGAGCAGCGCAAUAUUUAUCAUGAAAUUAGUGUUUUGUGUUCCAACAUUUAUAUGUUGACUACUCUAGACGUGGAACAAUCAGAAUAUCAAAAGAACAACAGCAAAGCAACUUUCAUGCAAAGUGCACAAUCUGGUUGCUUUUCACUGGUACCAUGCAUCAUAUCGUAUCUAUACAACUGUCAGGAUGAAUUACAAGCAUUUUCCGGUAGAGAUUCUGAAAUAACUGAUGUGGAUAGUUCCAUGCAGUCAAUCACGACGCCUUCGCUUAUUACAGCUGCUUGUAACUUAUUGAACAAUUUAAUAUUCAUUGGACUACAUGAGGUAGUUCGACAGAUCUAUGAGCAUUCUAUCGAUAGGUAUUUAUUUGGAUGUUUUAAUGAAAUUCCGAAAGAUAAUGGAAACAGGAAGAGUUUGAGUCAUUAUUCCGAUAUAUUAGAAAUGUAUAUUAACAUCUGUACAGUUCUAACAAACUGCAUCACACACAGCAACGAAUAUACAACCGUCGUUCUCUUCUCCUCGGAUUCGCUUUAUACUUUAUUCUGUUUCUUAAAUAUAGAUUUAUAUCAAUCUGCUGAACCGCGCCUGAUAUACCUGCGUAAUAGAUUGUGGACGGAGAUCUAUAACUUUAUAGCUAUACUUUCGUUAACGGAGGACCAGCAUUUCGAAGCAAUUCAAAGCGCGUUAGAAUUAUGUGGGCCAGAAACAGUGAUGGCUUCCAUCUGUUAUGCGAUAAAGGACUCUGCGACAGAUCUGAGAAUGAGUGCAAUCGGUUGCUUAGCUUUUCUACUAUCCCAAGAAAUUCAGAAAGACUCGCUAGGAAAAAGUGGCGUCUCAUUACAGACAACACUCGAUACGGUACUCGAUACACGUGUCGCGAUUGAAAGCAAGAACGAUAAUUUGCGAGACGUUAUAUCGAGCGUGAAUAAAUUGUCGAUAAGAGACGCGAACGUGCAUUCCAGAAAAUCAAACGAAAGCGAGAAAAGUUCGCAUACGAUGGAUAAAUCGCUGAAUCAAGAACGGAUUACAAUAGGAGGCGAAUUAUGCGAACUCUUGCUGCAUCUUUUCAUCGCUCAUAAUUACGCGAAAUCCAAAAAGAAUUGCAAACAAUUGCAAGAUAAAGAUCUCAUUGUAGGUGCACUGACUAAUUUGUUAUAUGUAUCAAAGGAAGCAAAACGAAUUGCUCUGCAGGAUAAUCUUCCUGAGACUACAUUGAUGAUCCUCAAAGAAUUGUACGUUAAGCUAAAUCUUCAACCGUUUGAACUUUAUAAGAAACAAGUAGAAAAGAAGACUCAUCCUCUGUUACAUGAUGUAAACUGCAUCUUCAUACUUCUAAUGAACUUUAUGUAUGGAGAUGCAAAUGUUAAAGAGAAUCUAACGAAGGAAGGUUUAGCAGAUGUAGUGCACAAACUGUGGGCCUGGAUAGCAUUAAAUAAAACAGUGUCAACAUCUGCCUUGAAAUUGUUGGCGACAUUUACAACAAAAUGUAACAUUGCCGCGCAAUCUUUAACAUUAACGACAAUAUUACCGGGAUCCGGAUUAAGGAAAACGCCAAAUACACUCGCAUUGAUACACGUUAUUAUCCAAGUGGCGAGCAAAGAAAUCGAAAGAGCCGGUCAAAUUUUCGAUAAUCAUAAGAUGCAUCUCGCUUUUCACAUUUUACGAAACGCGGUGCAUGUUCACGAAUGCAGAGUCUGUAUUUCAAAGAGUAAUCUCCUUCAAUUUUUUACUAAAAUACAUCCCAUUAUUACCAAAAGAGUAAAACCAUGGCCAUUAGUGGAGAUAUAUUGCCUAGAAUUUUUAAUAGAUUUUACUUAUUAUGAGGAAGGACAAUUAUGUGUACCAAAGGCUACUGAUGCUCUAGAUGUUUUAAUACACUUGGCAAAGUGUUCAUCAUCAUCAAGCAAAGUUCUCGCGAUAUCGAUUUUACGCAAUCUAGCAUUCAACGUAACGAACAGACCUCGACUUCUUAGUUCAGUGGAUUUUAUCAAUUUGUUACACGAUAUCUUCAAGAACGGAUCGCUGUGUGAAAUUAGUUUAGCUGGUUCCAUGUUGUGGUCCUUGAUUAGCAACAAUCAGAAAGGAAAACUUAUCGCACGAAGUGCAGGAUUUUCUCAGAGCAUUCGAGAAGCUCUUGGUAGAUUUACGUUGUCGAGUGUCGAUACCAGUAUACAGGAGCAGGAAUUAGUCAAGGUUCUCCAAUAUGUGUUGACCAUUCUCAGCCCAGUUGAAAUAAAGAACGGUGAUACAUAAAAUUUAAUUAAAAUUUUACCAAACAAACGAAUGUUGUAUAUA